AUGCACAUAUAAUCGGCGGGCACUAGGACCACGCGGAACGUGCUGUCAGCUAGCUGUCGCUUACGCCGAGCCGUUGGUGCUCUUCGCUCACACCGGACCGAGAACAGCUGGGCGAGAGAUUAACGUCUGACUCUGUGGCUGAGUGACUAUAAAACAACAAACUGACAAUCACUUCGCGUUUUCCCUCUUACGUUAUGUGGUUAUAAUGGUGUUGUGAGUAUGGCCAAGCGACCGGGGACUGACGACGGGAUUUGUACUUCACCGACCAUUCUUCGGGAUUUCACCGCCGAUUUGAACGCCGUGAACAUGACUACGGACUGCGGCGACGGAGCCGAUGAGGUCUCGCUGGAAGAAAUUCUAUCACUCUACGGGCAGCCGAUAAACGAGGAACAGGCAUGGGCAGUGUGUUAUCAGUGUUGUCGGACUUUAGCGCAGAAACAUCGAAGGAAAAGCUCCAGGUCUCGUGGUGCUUCAGCACUCUACUAUCCAAAAAAGAUUGAGGGACCCAGGGAUGUGAGAGUCGGGAGAGACGGGACUAUCAAACUGCACUUUGAAGUCAGCACAGAUAAAGACAGAUCAGCCCCCACAUCAUUAGAGAUUAUUGACUCGCUGGGUGUCAUGAUCUAUAAAGCUCUGGACUAUGGACUCAAAGAAAAUGAGGAGCGAGAACUCAGCCCGCCUUUGGAGCGCCUGAUCGACUUGAUGACCAAUAAUGAAGAAACUGAGAGUGACCCCUGUCCUGAUGAGGGCUAUGAGGCCACGGAGGAGGAUGAGGAUGAGGAACAGGAACCUGAACCAAUCUCUAAUAUGACCAUUGGCACAGUCAGCAGCAUUCACAGCUAUCGAGACAUCAUCAUGCUAUGUUCUUCCCACCUGCCCAGUCCAUCAGAUGCCCCCAAUCAUUACCAGGCUGUGUGUCGUGCUCUCUAUGCUGAGACCAGGGAACUGCACACCUUUCUGGAGAAGAUCAAGAAUGCCAAGGAGCACCUUCAGAAAAUAGAAGGUGAGACUCGGGUGGAACCUGUUAAGGACCUUAAUGAGCUGCAAAAUGCAGAUUGGGUAAGAAGAGCAUCUACUUUACUACACCAACUACGAACUGGUGUAAAGUUGAAGAAGGUUCAAGAGCAUCAGUACAACCCACUACCCACUGAAUACCAGCUCACACCCUAUGAAAUGCUAAUGGACGACAUCCGCUUUAAACGUUACAAGCUGCGAAAGGUCAUGGUGAAUGGCAACAUCCCACCAAGGUUAAAGAAGAGUGCCCAUGAGAUCAUUCUUGAAUUUAUCAGGUCACGACCUCCUCUCAACCCAGGCUCUGCCCGUAAACUGAAACCCCACCCUCCACGACCUCAGAGCCUACACGAGCGACUGCUGGAGGGCAUCAGAAGUGAAAGGAAGCUCAGGCCGGUCUCACCGGAGGUGGUCCGCAGAAAGCGUCUGGGUGCAGGGAAAAGCAUCAGCACCCCUCAGGACUUGUUCGUAGGUGCAGACAGUCCUGAUGCACCCAGGAAGCUGGCUGUCAGCACCCAGUCUCUGGCCAGUGACGCCACAGAAUCCAGUCAAGGUGGAGUGCAGCCGCUAAACCAGAAGAAGCUGCUCAAAGCGCCCGCACUGGAUGAGCUGGACAGCUCUGAAUCUGAUGAGGAGCCCACUCGGAGCAGCUCCAGUGUGUCCACGUCUUUGAUGGAGGACACAUCUCCUGAGCCUGUUAUCGGGAAGAAAGAUCCACCGAAGUUCCUGCCCGUCUCCACCACCCUAAAGUCAGAGAAAAGUUGGCCUUCACUGAGACGGCACUCUAUUGAGAAGGAGAGUCCCGCCAGUGUCUGUCCUGUACUUCCAUCCAGACAGAGCACCAAAUCUUUACUGAUGGAAGAUCCAAGUGUCAAGGUGGAAGCUGCCAGUGGUGCUCAGGGCACGGAGGAGUUCUGCUACCCAGUGCAGUGUCUGGCUCUGACGGUGGAGGAGGUGAUGCACAUCAGACAGGUUCUGGUCAAGGCUGAGCUGGAAAAAUUUCAGCAGUACAAAGAUGUGUACAAUGCUCUCAAGAAAGGAAAGCUUUGCUUUUCAUGUCGGAUCAAGAGAUUCUCUUUGUUUACCUGGUCGUAUACCUGCCAGUUCUGCAAAAGACCCGUGUGUUCCCAGUGCUCUAGAAAGAUGCGGGUACCAUCUAAGCCCUAUUCCACCUUGCCCAUCUACUCUUUGGGCCUCAGUGCUAUGGCUAAAGAAGAGUCAAGUGUAGCUGCUGAAGCAGAAAAAGACCCGUUUGGGUCUGGACACAGCCGGCACAGCCUUCGCAGAAGUGUUUCCAAAUUGUCCAGUCACCGCAGUACUAGCAUCAAAGAUGGGUCCUCACAGGAUGAGCUAGAGCUGCCCAAGGAGCUAACUGAGGACUGGGUAACAAUGGAGGUCUGUUUGGACUGCAAAAAGUUCAUCACAGAGAUUAUCUUCUCUAGCAGGCGCAGCCUGUCUGUCGCCUCCAAGUGUGCCCGUCUCAAUCGUAAAACCAAAUCCUUCUACAUGUCCUCGCCUAAAUCAAUCAACUUUAGUCCAUCAGAGCGCACAAUCAAUGAGGUCUAGAAAGUAGGACCACCCUGUGCACUUUAGUUCAGCAGAGCUUAUUCUUGUAAUGGGGGGGAAAAAAAAAAAAAAAAAAAAUCCCCUCUUAGUCUAGUAUUGUCAAGGACUGGCUCACUGCUUAUAUGUAAAUGCUGAUUAUCCAAGCA